AUGUUGAAGUAUUACCUUUCAUGCGCCCUUCUCGCCUGGACUUCUUGGGAGGUUCUUGCCAACAAGACGAGCACUCCGCAAAGCCGGACUGCGUCGGCGAAUCCGCUGUUAAUCGAUCAAGUGGCUUUGUAUCAGCAACAAUGGUUCGCAUACAACGCCGUGAAGGAAAAUGAGCUCCAAGAGAAAGUGGCGAGGAUCGAAAGGACGAUAGAAGGACGAUUGAUGGUCUUGCAAAAGAAGAUGAACCUCACAGUGCAUGAUCUACAGGCCACAUUGGAAAAGCAGCGCGAGGAUACUCUGGAGAAACUGCGAAUCUCGCGCAGGAUCAUCCCGGAGAAGUUUAAGAAAAUUGGCAAUAGGUGGUAUUUCUUUGAGAACAAUGAACAGAAUUGGUUUUCUGCUUUCAACACCUGCCGUCGAAAGGGCGGUCACCUGGCCACCAUCUACAAUGGGAAGGAGCUGGAUGAGGUAUUCGCUCAUGCACUGCCCGGUGCCUAUUGGAUAGAUAUCAAUAGUGCAUAUAGUAAGGGCCAGUACACUUCAACGCUCACUGGCAGAGAGCCACCGUACUUCAGAUGGAACAAUAAAAAAAAGUCUGAAAAGAUCGGUUACAAUAAGUGCGUUACUGUAUACACCCGUAAAAUGUUCACUGAAGACUGUUACAGUAAGUAUUUCUUCCUUUGCCAAGCCGAGCAGUGGGAACUAUGA